UCGGAGCUUCGAGCUUCCACUACGUGAAGUCUCUAAGAUCAAUUCAGAGUUAGCCCAAGUUAGUUUGUUAUACUGACAGCAAUAAUUAUGAUUUAAUUAUGUUGUCAUAGAAAGAGAGAAAUAGUUACGUUACAAGAACGUGAUAUUUGUUUGACAUGUCGAUUGAUCAUAGUGGCAAAGGUUAUACUCCUCUUCCACAAAGUAUAAGCAAUACCGAUACCGAGGAUGAGGAGGAACGUUUAACCCGACCUAACGAUAUUGUUUACAAGGUCGACAAUACUACGAUAGCGGAAUUACAUUCAAAUCAUGAAAAUGGCGCAUUUUGUCCACUGGACGAAACACAUAAUCUGGAGAAUAACACAAGAAAUAGACAAAACACAAUCAAAUAUUAUCAAGACAAUGUUCCAAUAAUGGUAAUUGAAGGAAACAAGCAAAAUGAUUUUUGGAAAAGAAAAGAUAUAUCACCAAUUAGGCGUUUCGGUUUAUUUGUGUCGAUAUUAUUAUGCAUUAUUACAAUAGUUAUUUUUUUGUAUGUAUUACCUUGUGACAGUUCAAUGGUUUGUUCGUCAAUUAUUGAAUCACAUUCGCCUAUAUCAUGGGAUAAAACUUUGCAAGAUGUAGAAAUAUAUGGGCCUAUUACUGUAGUACCUGGAUCUCCGUAUAAUUUAAUAUUUCUUCUUCAUGGUGAACAAUAUAGAAAAAAUGAUAUAAGAGAUAAAAUCAUUCAUCAAAGACAGAUACCUCCAGAAGGAGGAGGUGUUAUAUCAAUGCAAGGAAAUAAUGGAUUACCAUUAUGGCUGGUUCCAUUAAAACGAUUACCUACUAUUAUAGAUUGUACUAGUAUUGAUAUUGAUCAAUCUGGAAAACCGGAUUGCAUUGUCGCUGGUGAACAAGGUCUACUCAUUAGCAUAGAACCAAUUGCUGGAACAAUUCAUUGGAGUUCCACGAUUAACACAUUCUCUAAAUUACCAGUUAUUAUACCAGAUAUUGAUGCGGAUAAUAUUGAAGAUUUAUUAAGUGUAGCAAUAGACAAUGCAAAUGUAUCAUCCUUGGUUUUUUUAUCUGGCAAAACUGGUCAAUUAUUGGAACGUUAUUCAAUUAAUAAUUGCAUUUCUAUUGAUAUAUAUAAUCUUGUUUCUAAUGGCAAUAUAUCCUAUAAUUGUUAUGAUAACAAUGCAAAACAUGUGACAAGAUUCAUAUCUUUGAAAGGAUUAUUUCAUAAGUUAAAUAUAACACAAAUACAUAAGAAAUUUUCCUCAAAAUCAGCAGCAUUGCCACGAUUAUUUGAAAUAAUAAAAUCAUAUGACGAUGAAUAUAGUUGGAGGCCUACUCCUUAUCACCAUCUGACUGUAGAAAAUGAAGGAGUAUGUCCAGGACAAUUUUGCCGUACCAAUAUAAAUCUAACUUUACAGAGAUUAACAAACAAACCAAUAACUAUAUGGGAUUAUGUGAGUUCGAAUACAUUUGCGUCAAAGCCAGUAUUUUUGGUGACCUCAAGUAAACCUUACACUUCUGGAUUUGCCAUUAAGUUCUGGCAGUGGAUGGAUUUGCCGUUGGAGUACACAGAGAAAGCACCUGUUAUGGAACAAAUGCUUAUAGAAAGAGUUCUUAUAGUUUUUGCAAAUUAUACAUAUGUUCAAGCUCUUAAUACUAGUCAAUGCGAUAUAAUGCAAUUGUGUCAUAAACUUAACUGUCAACCAAAUUUAAAUUUACGAAAACAAUUUACUUCUAUCAAAGUCAAGUACAUCGAUAACAAUGAAUUUCCAGAACUGAUAAGUUAUUGGUCUUCAUACAGUACAGACUCAAUGAAAGCAUUAAUAUCGAAAAUACAAGUUAUAAAAAUGGAUUCCAUAAUAUCUGAUUUAAUACACGGAAGUGUUUAGUUUUAUUGUAACAUUUUCAUAUUUUAUAUUGAACAUAUGAUUAUACUUGCAUUCUGUUACUUAAUGAUAGUUUGGUCUGCGAUUGUAAAUUAUUGAUAAGAUAAAAUGUGUUUUUAAAAACGGAUUAUCAAAAACUAUUAAUCAAUUUAUU